AUGAGGCUUGCAUUUUGUAAAUAUUUUCUAUUGCAGGUUUUGUUGCUGAGUAUCGUGAGCCAGGCUGUUAGAGUCCCAGUAAAAGACCAUUCGUCUAGGAGCUACUUCGCGGUUGAAAGUGUGCUGGAAGUACCGCGCUUGCUAAAGCUGCACCCAAACUGGGUGUUUGAACAUGAAGCUCGAGGCCUUGACAAACACUACGUGUUCUCCACCAAGAAGGACGAAUAUUCCAAACGUGAUGAGGUCGAGGCAUCCUACGAAGGAGUAAAAUCUUACCAUCCGCUGCCGCCUAAGAAGUUACAAAAAAGGCUACCAGUACCGGACCGGCCUGUCGAUUCUAGCUUAGAAGUCGUGAAUGAGGUGAGAGAUCGUUUAUCUAUUGAAGAUCCUCUGUUCGGAAUACAGUGGCAUUUGGUUAACGGAAAUUAUCCUGGCCACGAUGUCAAUGUUAGUGGCCUUUGGUAUGAGAAUGUCACAGGCCACAACGUUGUGGUUGCUGUCGUGGAUGAUGGCUUAGACUAUGAAAGCGAAGACUUGAAAGACAACUUCAGCGCCGAAGGCUCUUGGGAUUUUAAUGACAACGGUCCUAUGCCUAAACCACGCUUAUCCGAUGACUACCAUGGCACUCGUUGCGCUGGUGAGAUUGCUGCGGUUAAAAACAAAGCAUGCGGAAUUGGCGUUGCCUAUAACGCCAAAGUUGCCGGUAUCCGGAUUCUCUCAGCUGAGGUUACUGCAGAAGAUGAGGCUGCUUCACUAAUUCAUGCUCUGGAUGUGAAUGAUAUAUAUUCAUGUUCAUGGGGUCCAUUAGAUGACGGACGUGUGUUACAGGGUCCAGACGAUUUAGUGAGAAAAGCACUAGUCACUGGUGUCACAAAAGGGCGGAAUGAAAAGGGCGCUCUUUAUGUCUUUGCAAGCGGAAACGGAGGGAUGUAUGAUGAUAACUGCAACUACGACGGUUACACAAAUUCCAUUUACUCUAUCACCGUGGGCGCAAUAGAUCACAAGGGGCUACAUCCUCCUUACUCCGAGUCUUGUUCCGCCGUAAUGGUAGUUACAUAUUCAUCCGGAUCCGGCGAGCAUAUUCAUUCUACAGACAUUCAUGGUAAAUGUAGCGACACACACGGCGGAACUUCUGCGGCUGCUCCGCUAGCCGCCGGCGUGUACAGUCUCGUGUUAGAGGCAAAUCCAAACCUAAGUUGGAGAGAUGUACAGUACCUAUCCAUCCUAUCAUCCGAAGAAAUUAAUGAUGACGAUGGAGAGUGGCAAGAAGGUGCAUUAGGAAAACGAUACUCUCACAAGUAUGGCUACGGGAAACUUGACGCCUACAGAAUUGUUACAAUGGGCCGUGAGUGGGAAAAUGUUGGCCCUCAAUCUUGGUAUUACUCGUCAGUCCAAAAAGUCGGAAAAUCCACUAACUCAACGGAUGAAGAUUUAGUCUCCUCAAUCUCAGUAUCUUCAGAACAAUUGAAAAACGCAAACUUCAAGCGCGUCGAACACAUUACGGUGACUGUUAGCAUUGAAACCACCAUAAGAGGCCGGACUACUAUAAACCUUGUUUCUCCUAAGGGCAUCGUUUCAAAAUUGGGCGUUGUAAGAAGAAGCGAUACAUCGCCAGAAGGCUUUCAAAACUGGACGUUUAUGUCAGUGGCGCACUGGGGUGAAAUCGGUGAGGGAGACUGGAGCUUGCAUGUAAGGACAACAGAAGAUUCCAACAACGUCGAAUUCAAAGAUUGGAGGCUAAAACUUUUUGGAGAGUCCUUGGAUGCUUCGAAGGCAAAAACGUUCGAGUUUGGCAAUGAUAAAGAACCUACUGAAGAUUUACAGCAGCAGCAGCAGGAAGAGUCAGUUUCCGAUCACCCAACAUCUUUAGCUUCAAGCACACAACCCACCUUUACGGCUGCGUCUUCUAUCACAUCAACACAUUCCACGGUUUCCGCCACUACUACGACGGCAGAAACAAGCGACCAAGAUGUUAAUAGCCCUAAUAAGCUUCCUCGGCCAUUUGAAGGGCUUCGUUAUUUCCUUGCUAUAUUUGCCGUAGGCUUCCUGGUCCUGGUCCUGUAUUACUACUUUUUUGUGAAAUCAAGAAGACUUGUAAGAAGAAGCCGCGCAGAAGCCUACGAGUUCGACAUCAUAGACACAGAUUCAGACCACGACUCUUCACUAAACAGUGCUUCAAACACGAGCGUUCCUAUGAUGGGCGAGCUUAAUGAAGAGGAUUUCAAUUUUGAUUUGUCCGACGAAGAGCUCCUCAGGAGUGCUACAGUGUCCCCAGCGCCCAGAUACGAGCAAAAUGUGCCUGCCGGUGCAAGUUCUGACGAUCUGCCUACAGCGGACCCCUCAAAAGGGAAAGUCCACAGUGAGAAUAGCAGUAACAACAACGGCAAACGUAACAACAUGCCUCGCGAAGGUUCCCAAGGUCCAAAUAAUGGAUGA